AUGGAAACAAACAGGGCAUCAGGUAGUCAGCAACCUGCUGACAAUGUGGACGAGGAUCCUUCAGGAGUUCACGAGGUAAGCGGAGUGUUUCAGGAACCUUUCACACCUGAGGAGUUGCUAGUAGCACAAAACUGCGUCCUUCCCUCGUCUUUCAACCCCGAACCGAGUAUUCGUCAGAUUAUUACCCAAAUGGCCAUAUAUCAUAAGAUUCGCUUCCAAUCUUGCGAAUCUGCUAAACUCAAUAGCAACAUCAAUGUUCCAUCAACUGCCUCUGAUUCCCGCCCGCUUGACUAUGCACCUGAUGCCCUCGGUCCGGCUACACCUUUUCAACUUUACCAUCCAGUUGCCUCUCCUGUUGGUCACCAACUCGCAGGAAGCAACAUCGGUAAUCCCAACUCUACUCCCCGUCCCUCUCGACUCGCCCUCGGCGUACCAGUAGGUCCGCCUAUCGUUUCUCAGGAAAAAUGUGAUGCAUUGGCUGGCCGCUGCAACUCCCUCGUC